UCUUGAUGUGUUUCAUGAUGGUUCUUUCUAAAUUGACUUGACAAUAUCAGGGUCAUCUGAAUGGGCUGCAUGCACCAGCAAAAUGCAAAGGCUGUUUGGUUGCAACGGUCGAACAAACACCAAGCACGUGGAAAUGGGGGCUCCAAUGCACUUGGAAAUUACGGUGCUUUGUCUUCGUAAAUCGCACACCCACUUCUGUAAGGCAAUUUCACCAACAGUUUAAUGGCCAUCUGCAGCUCCAAGUAAUUCUCCACCUCAUCGUGAAAGAUGACCAGUUGUGCCCUCGAGGGUGGCUGUCCCAGCGACUAUGUAGCUGUCUCCAUCUCAAUUCUCUCUAUUUUCUUGCUUGUUGUAAAGUGGACGUUGCCCUAUAUAAUUCACAAAGCUCCAAGACCCAACGGCAGCAGCUUUUGGCUUGUAGCAAUUCAAGUUAUGGCCAGCUUCAACCUUCUGUUGUCAAUUGUGAUGUCCUUUAAUUUUGUAAAGUUUAAAAGACAUUGGUGGAGAUCUUGCUACAUUUGGGCAGUGUGGAUUGAAGGGCCUCUGGGAUUUGGUCUACUCUUGAGCUGUCGCAUUGUACAGGCAUUUCAGUUAUACUACAUAUUUGUAAAGAGACGAAUGCCACCAAUUAGGUCACAUAUUUUUCUUCCGUUAAUUCUGUUGCCAUGGACUAUUGGUUCUGGAGUUAUUCACAUGAAAAAGCCUCUGAAUUACCAUUGCCACAUGGGAAGCCAGUGGAUCAUCCCAGUUAUUUGCCUUCAUGCAUCAUAUGUUGUUGCUUUGGUGGGUUUUACAAGAGCUCUUCAUCAUAUAGAGUUUAGAUUCAGUGAAGUCAAAGACCUCUGGCGGGGAAUACUUGUAGCCACUUCUUGCAUCGGAAUAUGGGUGGUGUCUUAUGUUUUGAAUGAGAUCCAUGAAGAUAUUGCAUGGCUUCAAGUUGUCUCAAGAUUUAUGUUAUUAUUUGCGACAAGCAUCCUUGUUCUGGCAUUCUUUUCUCUUUCAAUCUCUCAACCACUAGUCUCACUCAUAAGCUUGAGGAAGAAAGACCCCCAAAAAUGUGAUACAAUGAGUAGUGCAUUGGGCGUACUAGAUAGUGGGCUUCUAUUACAAGGAGAGCAAACACACCCGAUAUCUCCUAAUGAGCCUCUGGAUAAGCUUCUUCUUAACAGAAGAUUCCGCCAAUCAUUCAUGGAAUUUGCAGACAGUUGCUUAGCUGGGGAGAGCGUCCAUUUUUAUGAUGAAGUGCAACAGCUUGACAAAAUUCCUUUGAAUGAUCCCACAAGAAGAAUUUACAUGGCUCGACACAUUAUUGAGACAUACAUAGUUUCAGGUGCAACAAUGGAGGUGAAUAUAUCUCACAGAAGCAGACAAGAAAUUUUGGCUACGCUUGAUUUAGCACAACCCACUCUUUUUCAAAAUGCAGUAAAUGAGCUGAUGCUUUUAAUGAAAAUGAACUUGGCAAAGGAUUACUGGUCAUCUACAUCCUUCUUAAAGCUGAGAGAACAGGUGGCUAUGAGGACAGUCAGUCGUGAAUCAGAACAAGUCAAUGGUUGGAAUUUCUCUCCCAGGUUAAGCUCUGUCCAUUGUGCUGAUGACCCGUUUCAUGAGGAACAUAGUCCGAGUAGCUCUGAGUGUCGAAAUCACAACCUCGACAUGAAAUGAUUAUUUAGAGGCUCAAAAUGGUCUUAUAAUAAUGGUAUAAAUCUUCAAAGGGACUGCUUUGGUUAGUUCCUCAAGCUGCACCUGCCCCCGGUUGGCUUGCUCUGGAAACGCCCCCUCAGGAGAAGAGAAAAGAUGAGGCUGAUUGAAACCUCAGAUGUGAUCGAUACUGUAGGGUUAUAAUACCUAUUGUGUGUUCCAACACAAUCCUCAUUUUGAGAUAGGUCUUGCUCUCAGACCAAACUUAAGAUCAAGGAAAUCCCGUUUAAAUGUUAUUAGACCUCUACACGUACAGCAACUUUGUGUAGCUGCAGCUGAAAUUUCUGCAUCCUUCCAUGUGGAGCUUCUCCUGUUUUAGCAUCAGGGGGCAUUGUUCUGUGGUAAUGGGAGAUUGAGCUAAGAUGAUCAGCUGAAGCUAGGGGUAGGUCGGCAACGGAUUUGAGCUGUCACUGGUGUCAUUUAUGAGACGAUGAAUCACCAGCAUGUUAGCAACGCUAGUCUAUAAUAAUAGUGUACUGACUUUGUGGGCCUACAGAGCAAAUUAGCUCGAUGAUGCAACUGUGUAUAUAUCAUUCUCGAAUGGUUCUUAUCGUUACUCUCUUUUUUAAGUUGUGACUUUCUGUUCUUGAUGAGUGAUGAUGAAUGAUGAGACUAUGAGACGUCAGACUCGAA